ACUGCCUAAGCCAAUGCAUGCCAUUUUUACUCUUGUUUUUGCAAGCUCAACUUGGUGUCUAGCACCCAGUUUGGUGUGUUAGCUCAUCUCCUUCUCCUGUCUUUACUCCUCACAUCUUGCAUUUCUUAUUUUGAUCUUCUUCCGCUUCAACUUUCCUUAGACCUCCAUCCUCUCAAUGGAAUUGCCAGUGAAGGCACCGGUUUCUGGUGGCCAGAAAACCUCAUACAGACUAGAAACCAAAAAUCUGUCCUACAAGUUAUGCAGCAAACUUGACGAGCUUGAUUUUAUUUACUGUGGAGGGACCCCAAGAAGAGCUCCUAAAUUCAUUCUGAGGGAUGUAAACUGUGCAGCUAGUCCUGGCGAGAUUACUGCGAUUGCUGGUCCUAGUGGAGCAGGGAAGACCACGUUACUAGAGAUCCUUGCUGGAAAGAUACCUUCAUGUAAAGUGUCUGGUCAAGUGCUGGUAAAUAGCCAGCCAAUGAAUGCCAAACAUUUCCGGAGACUAUCCGGGUUUGUCACUCAAGAUGAUUCUCUAUUUCCAUUGCUUACAGUUAAAGAAACACUAUUGUACAGUGCACUUUUAAGGCUACCAGGAGGGCGAAAAGAGGCCGCUAGUAGGGUGAGAAGGCUACUGAAGGAGCUCGGACUCGAACAUGUUUCGGAUUCAAGGAUAGGUGAGGGAUCAGACUGGGGCAUUUCUGGUGGUGAAAGGCGUAGAGUUUCGAUUGGAGUUGAUUUAGUCCACGACCCUGCUGUUGUUUUCAUCGAUGAACCAACUUCAGGUCUGGAUUCAGCAUCAGCUCUUCAUGUAGCGACUCUGCUCAAGUCUAUGGUGUUGAAUCAGGGUAAGACCAUUGUUUUAACUAUCCACCAACCCAGUUUUCGAAUACUUGAGCUCUUUGAUCGGCUUGUUUUGCUUUCCAACGGAUAUGCUGUCCAUGAUGGCUCACUGCAUUUCCUUGAAGAGAGACUAAGGUUUUCUGGUCAUCAAAUUCCUCUCCAUGUCAAUGUGCUUGAGUUUUCUAUUGAUGUUAUAGAAAGCCUGUCUAAGCAAAAUUCAGUGUCUCUCAACAAUCAAUGCCCUCAUGAGAUCAGACAUAAUGAAGGCCACGUCGCGAGGACUCUAUACUUCAACAAUCAUCAAGAAAAACCUCUAUGCUAUCUCAAUUCUAUAUUGGAGGAGGUUUCGAUACUAGGACAAAGAUUUUGCAGCAACAUUUUCAGAACCAAGCAACUGUUUGCCGCAAGAGUAAUACAAGCACUGGUGGCAGGACUAAUACUUGGAACCAUAUUCUUGAAUGUUGGAAAGAAAACAGGACAGGUCGCUUUGCAGACUCGAAUCGGAUUCUUUGCCUUCAGCCUCACCUUCUUGCUAUCUUCCUCAACUGAAGGGCUGCCUAUUUUCUUGCAAGAAAGAAGAAUUUUAAUGAGAGAGACUUCAAGAGGAGCCUACAGGGUUUCUUCUUAUGUCCUAUCUAACACCCUCAUCUUUCUUCCUUUCCUUUUAAUGGUUGCUCUUCUCUACUCCACCCCAGUUUAUUGGCUAGUUGGUUUGAGGAUGUCAAUCUACGGAUUUCUUUACUUCUCUCUAGUGGUGUGGAUGGUGAUUUUGAUGUCAAAUUCUUUCGUUGCUUGUUUCAGUGCUCUAGUGCCUAACUUCAUAAUGGGGACAUCAGUUAUUUCAGGAUUAAUGGGAUCUUUCUUCCUAUUUUCGGGGUACUUCAUAACGAAGAGUAAGAUUCCUAGUUACUGGGUUUUCAUGCACUAUUUGAGUUUGUUCAAGUACCCAUUUGAAUGUUUCUUAAUAAAUGAAUAUGGAGGAGAGCAAGGCAACGAGAGGUGCUUAGUGUAUGAUAAAGGGAGAUGCAAUCUUUAUGGAAGCGGGUUCCUAAGACAGCAAGGUCUAAAAGAUUCACAAAAAUGGAGUAAUUUAGCUGUGAUGCUUGGUUUUAUCAUUGGGUACAGAGUGCUAUGCUUUGUGAUUUUGUGGUUUAGAUGUUACAGAAGAAGAUGAACUUUUAGAUCGAACAUUUGUUAUUGCUUUUCUUACUCAUUGUUCUUGGAUAGAUCAAGCCAGUGUACACAAUUUAUAUACUUCUCUAUUUACCUGUAAUAAAAAUAAUUAUAGUAAGAAAAAUUUUUCAUGUUUAUGCUUUAAUUGAAAGAUGCUUGCCCAGUUUUUGGUUACCGAGUAAGAAUUUUAAC